AUGCCACUCUUGUUGACCCAGGACACAAAAACUCCCGAGGACCCCUCAGAGGAAGGCCUUCUGGUCAGAAGUGAGCAGACGUCGCUGGAAGUUUGCACUGACAUCAAUGAAUGUGAGACGGGCCAGCACAACUGUGUUCCCAACUCGAUGUGCACCAACACUCGGGGAUCCUUCCAGUGUGGGCCCUGCAAGCCCGGUUUUGUAGGGGAUCAAGCCUCUGGCUGCCGGAGGAGGGCCCAACGGAUGUGUCCUAAUGGGGAGCCCAGUCCCUGUCAUGAAAAUGCUGACUGCAUCCUGGAGAGGGACGGCUCUACCUCAUGUGUGUGUGCCAUAGGCUGGGCUGGCAACGGGCUCGUGUGUGGCAAGGACACGGACCUGGAUGGCUUUCCAGAUGAGAAGUUGCGGUGCCCUGACAGGAAGUGCCGAAAGGAUAACUGCCUAAAGGUACCCAACUCAGGUCAGGAGGAUGUUGACAAAGAUGGCAUCGGGGAUGCCUGUGAUCCCGACGCCGAUGGGGACGGAGUCCUAAAUGAGCAGGAUAACUGCGUCCUCGUUCGGAAUCCAGACCAGCGGAAUAGCGAUGGAGACAAGUGGGGCGAUGCCUGUGACAACUGUCGUGGGGAGAAGAACGACGACCAGAGGGAUACGGACCGGGAUGGCCGAGGCGAUGCCUGCGACGACGACAUCGAUGGGGACCGGAUCCGGAAUGCUCUGGACAACUGUCCGAGGGUCCCCAACCCAGACCAACGGGAUGGUGACCGGGAUGGGGUAGGAGAUGCCUGUGAUAACUGUCCACAAAAAGGCAAUGCGGACCAGAGAGAUGUGGAUCACGAUCUAGUAGGGGACGCCUGUGACAGUGACCAGGACCAGGACGGUGACGGCCACCAGGACUCUCGGGACAACUGCCCCACGGUGCCUAAUAGCUCUCAGCAGGACACAGAUAAGGACGGGCAGGGCGAUGCCUGCGAUGACGAUGAUGACAAUGAUGGAAUCCCAGACAACCGUGCCCCGGGGCCAGACAAUUGUCGCCUCGUCCCCAACCCGAAUCAGGAGGAUGCUGAUGGUGAUGGGGUAGGCGAUGUGUGCCAGGAUGACUUUGAUGCAGACAAGGUCGUGGACAAGAUCGACGUGUGCCCAGAGAACGCAGAGGUCACCCUCACAGACUUCCGAGCCUUCCAGACUGUCGUUUUGGACCCCGAGGGAGAUGCACAGAUAGACCCCAAUUGGGUGGUUCUCAAUCAGGGGAUGGAGAUCGUGCAGACAAUGAACAGUGACCCAGGCCUGGCUGUGGGCUACACAGCCUUUAAUGGCGUGGACUUCGAAGGCACGUUCCAUGUGAACACCCUCACCGACGAUGACUAUGCCGGUCUCAUCUUUGGCUACCAGGACAGCUCCAGCUUUUACGUGGUCAUGUGGAAACAGAUGGAACAGACAUACUGGCAGGCAAAUCCCUUCAGAGCUGUGGCUGAACCUGGCAUUCAGCUCAAGGCAGUGAAGUCGUCCACGGGCCCCGGGGAGCAGCUGCGCAAUGCCCUGUGGCACACGGGCGACACCACCGACCAGGUGAAGCUCCUCUGGAAAGACCCCAGAAACGUGGGCUGGAAGGACAAGACGUCUUAUCGCUGGUUCCUGCAGCACCGGCCCCAAGUGGGCUACAUCCGGGUCCGCUUCUAUGAGGGGCCCGAGCUGGUGGCCGACAGCAACGUGGUGCUGGACACGACCAUGCGAGGAGGCCGCCUCGGCGUCUUCUGCUUCUCCCAGGAAAACAUCAUUUGGGCCAAUCUCCGCUACCGAUGUAACGACACCAUUCCCGAGGACUAUGAGGCCUAUCGUCUGCAACAUAACUAAAGCCAGAGGAAGGGGGGGCCACCUGCUCCUGGCCAACGUCCCCCCAACCCCUGUACAUACCACACCACUAACCCCCGGCCCGAGGGCUGCAGGACUCGAACACGGGGCCCCUCCAGCAGCCGGCCCUCAGGGCAAGGCCGGCCACAUCCUCAGAACCUGCAUCCCCCCAAUGAGGAUGGGGGAGAGCCCGUGGGGCUGCCUCUCUCCCUCCUUGUGGACGGUGAGAGGAGGGGGAAGGGAGCAAGCAGGAAGGACAAUAAAGACCU